GCAGACAAGCAAUCCAGCAGAGCACUUUCACUUUGAGCACAGUGAGGAUACACAGAGUGACCAGAGGGAGAGAUAGAGAAGAGGAGGCCAGUGUCUCUCCCGCUUUAUCCAUUAACCAGUUUCGAGGGAGAGAGGAGGGGUUCAAAUUAGGCUGUUAGGAAGAUUCUAGGUCAGUAGUGAGAGGGAGAAAGGGAAAGAGAUAUAGUAAAAGAACAAACAAAAGCUUUCAUAGGAAAAGGCUGCAGCCACUCAGGCUUAAGUGGGAAAAAUCCAAAGUGAGAGAGGAGGAUGGCGUGAGAGGAUAAAUGAGGCAUUUAUUGGAAAGUACCAAAAGGACUCAAAAGGAAGGAAUGUAUAAGGGAUGUCAACCAGAAGACUAAAUAUCAAACGGUGAAGAAGACACAGCAGCACACUCUGUAUCAAAGACCUCAAGAAAACACAGAAGUGGAAACUUUGCCUUUCACAGACUGACACAGAAACCCAUCUGCAGAGUGAUUGCUGUCAACAAGAGAAAUGGAGAAGUGUCCAUUCUUUGAAAGAUAAAAGGAUGUCACUGCCAGUUUUGCUGUUGCUAUCACUGUUGACUGUCCAAUGUGGUGGAUGUGACUUUGACCUGGAUGGUGUGACAAACAUUAAAACGACUAUAGACUCUAAUCCGACUGGAUUUCGGACAGUAUUUCCUAAAGAUUACUAUGUAGUGCACCGCUACACAAAAAGCAUGCUCUGUGACACUGAUCCGUGUUGUGUGUUCCCUGCUGCAGUAGUUCUACGGAAGUCCUGGCAUGUGCUUCUCGGUAACCUCUGGGAUGAGCACCUAAAUCACUCCUUUAUCCUCGAUCUGAAGCAGACACUGGAUAAAAUUAUAAAAAAGAACAAAAAUACAGAGAGGUUCCAAGAGGAGACGGACCUGGCCCAAUUCUCCACAUUAUCUUCCUCUCCUGAAGAACUCCUCAAGCUUACGUCAGAACUUUUCACACGAUGGCUCGAAGUUGGGUGCUUACCUUCGAUUGAAACAUGCACCCUGCCCACUUUGCCCCCCACUGUUGAGAGGAAGGACUAUGGGCCAUCAAGGGCCAGACUCUUGACCACCCGAGCUAUUAGCAGUGAGGAAGAAGGACAGUCUGACAAGAUGAUAGACAUUACAAAGCCUCCAUCCAAUGGUGGUCCUCCAUCGUUAUUAUAUUCUGCUUCUGUUUGGAGCCCCUUGCUAUUCAGACUCUACUGGUGGUUGUUGCCUUAGUUACUAAAAAAGGAUCUUUUUUCGAUGAUGCACACAAAAUGCAAGACAUUUCCUGGCACUGAAUGUUUGUUUUCUUAUAUUUGUGUCUUUGUGUUUCAAUGCAGCAAGCUUUUUUAUAAUGAAGUGACAUGCACAGGUUGCAUUUAAUGUCCAAAGUUAGUUCACAUUUCUCUGUAACAACUGAUAUUACAGAUAUAAACGUAUAGCCAUCCUCUCUAGAGUAAGUCACAAGCUCCAGCUAGCUAUGCUUUUUGUGCUAACCAGAGAUAAAUACUGAGCAAGCCAAUGCACAUAAGCCAUCGUCUAUUGAUGUGGAAUUCAUCACCGUUUACAAUGAAUGUUGUGUAAAUGUAAGAUAUUAAGGUCAAUGGGCUUUUACUUUUGUACAUAUUUGUAAAUUAAAGACAUUUAUAUAUAUAUAUAUAUAUAUAUAUAUAUAUAUAUAUAUAUAUAUAUAUAUAUAUAUAUAUAUAUAUAUAUAUAUAUAUAUAUUAGUUUUUGAUAUAAUAUCCCAAGAAUUGUAAGCUAUAUUUAUUGUGGUCUUUGCUGUUUGUCAUCAGUGAUGGAAAGUAACCAGGUACAUUUAAUCAAGUAUCGUACAAUUUUGAGGUACUUGUACAUACUUUACAUUUUUAUGCUACUUAUAACCUCUACUCCACUACAUUUCAGAGGGAAAUAUUCUACUUUUCACACCACUACAUUUAUCUGACAGAUGUAGUUGAUGGUUACUUAGAUUUUAUUCAUUGUUAGAAAUUAAAUGACAAAACAGUUUAUAAAUUGGAAAAUUAACUUCAACAACUACAACAGUAAAUUGCUGACACAUUAAUGCAUCAACAAUACUAACAGAAUUAUAAUAGCUUAAUAACCACAUAUCAUUGUUCUGCAUUAUAUAUUUACAAACAAUGCUGGCAUACUUUUACGUCACUAUAAUUUUGAAUGCAGACUUUAGGCUACUUUUAACAGUAUUUUUGCAUUGUGGUAUUGCUACUUUUGCUUAAGUAAAAUAUCUGUUUGUCAGUAAGAACACUAGAUAUUUAUAUUGUUGUCCAUUCUGCUUAAAGGGAUGAGCUUGUGUUUAUGAUUUUGCAGUCCAACAACAUGACACAAAGUUUGCGUUAAGACUCCACAUGUGAGCUUAUUGGGCUACUGCCGGCUCUUUUAAACAGUCAUUCCCAGUGUGCAAAUGCUUUAUUGCAAUUCUGAUAAAAAACUGAGAGACGAGUUGCAGAUGAGGGAGGAAUGCGCUCUGGAUCCAACAGGACUCGAGAGAUGUUCAGACUUCUGUAGAGGUAUUAACUAGAAAUAAAAAGUUCACCAUU